AUGGCUGAUGAUGAUGAUGCUGCUGCUGCUGCUGAGGCUGAUGAUGCUUCUGCUGCUGCUCAUGAUGCUGCUGCUGCUGCUGGGGCUAAUGAUGGUGUUGUUAAUGCUGAGGCUGAGGCUGAUGAUGCUGCUGCUGCUGCUUCUGAAGCUGAUGAUGGACCUUGGUGGCAGGUAAACAAAUUAUCUGAAGAAGUAUUUAUAAGACCUGAAGCAAUACCGGGUGCAGAGCAGCAUGUUAAAGAGAUAUUAGCAGCAAGAGAAGAAAGAAGAAGAGCUGAAGAAGCAAAGAAGAGAGAAGAAGAAGAAGAGAGACUAAGAAAAGAAGAAGCUGAAGAAUUACAAAGACGCCUUGAAGCAGCAAGAGCUGCUGCUGCUGCAUUAAAGAAACAGCAGGAAGAGCAGCAGCAGCAACUACUGCGACAGCAAAAAGAAGCUGAGGCUAGACAAAAAGAAGAAGAAGAAGCAAGAGCAAGAGAAGAGGAGGAAGAAAAGAAGAGAGCAAGAGAAGAAGAAGAAAAAGCAGCAGCAGAAGCAGCAGCAGAAGCAGCAGCAGCUGCAGAAGCUCAGCGUAGAGAGCAGCAAGAACGUGAAAUCGAGCAGCAGAGAGCAGCAGAAGAAGCUAAAAAGAAAGAAGAAGAGAGACAAAGACAGAUAAAAGAGCAGCAAAAGCGAGAAGAAGAAGAAAAGAGAGCUCGAGAAGAGCAGAGACACGAAGCAGAACAACGACAAAAAGAAGAACAAGACAGAAUUAAACAAGAAGCUUUAAAGCAGCAGCAGCUAGCAGAAAAAGAAAAGAAAAAACAGCAGCAGCUGCAGCAGCUAAUGCUCUCUAUUACUAAACACAAAAUUGGUGGUGUCCCUCUACGUGAUGCUGUAAAGCUAUCAAAGGCACAGCGUCUUCAUAAGCCUUCUGCUGCUGCUGCUGCUGCUGCUGCUGCUGCUGCUGCUGCUGCUGAUCAAGCUGCUGCUGAUCAAGCUGCUGCUGAUCAAGCUGCUGCUCCUGCUGCAGCAGAAGCAGAACCAAAAGCAGCACCACCUACACAGUAG